UUGAUUUUCCUUGUCCGGACUUUGUGUGUUAAAAAUAACUUGACUCAGUGCAGUUAAAUACAAGGUCAAAAUGUAAUAAAUAUAAUGAACCGAUAGUAUAAAUAGUUAAAAAUGUGCACGAAAGGAGUUUUUUCUUUAUUCAAUAAAGACGUAGAAGAAGGUUACAAUGAGGAUCGAGACAACCUGCAGCCACUCAUCAACAUAAAUAACCCACAUGACCGCCUUCGACCCAAUAGACCACAACAGCUCGGAUUCGCUGAUACGAUGCCUGAAAUCCAAAAGAUGCACAUCUACGAUUCAUCACCAUCAGUCAUGUCCACGCCAGAUGUAACUCCAGCACCAGAAAUAGAAGACAUAUGGCCGAGAAAAUUUCGACGGAGCGACCGACGGCUCAGAAGACUGAACACUGAACUGCUAGAGGCGAUAGAGAACCAUGAAGUGGAAGAAGUUGAAAGGUUGCUUCAUUCCGGUGCAAAUCCAAACGCAACAUGUCGUCUAGACCUUGUAUCGGCUUGUCAUAUAGCUGCUAUAACUGGUGGAGAAGCACUCGGUCUGCUCGUCAAGUUCGGAGCUGAGAAGCAUCGGUUAGACCGACUGGGUCGGACCCCAUUACAUUUGGCUGCAUUCGCCGGCAAUGCGAGACAAGUUGCGAUAAUGCUGGACUUUCCAGAAGAAAUGCAAGAUCGUGUCGAAAGCGAUAUGUCUUCUGAUGCAGAAGAAGACGUAAAAAAGAUGUGUCCAAGAACCAGAGACAUGGUGAACGUGCGCUGUGACGUAGGCGAUGUGAGGAUAUUACUACCCAAGACAUGGAAAGAUAAUAUCGAUCAUAACUGCAAAAAUAUUGAAGGAACUCUACCUCUUCUGCAACCGGGCUGGACACCGCUUCAUGUGGCAGCGGCAUGUGCUCGCAUGCACUGCACCCGGCUGUUGCUGGCUGCGGGUGCGGACCCUAACAUUUGCGACGAGGCCGGCAGAACCGCCCUUGAUGUUGCUGGUUAUGGAUAUUACUUCAACCGGAGUAUUAAUAAGAAGAACUUCCUAUCAGUGCUACAGAUGUUACUUAAUGCCGGUGGAACACAUAACACGAUGAAAACCAAAGGUAUCAAUAAUAUAGACACUCCAUUACACACAGCAGUCGAAAUGGAUGAUAUCGACAGUAUAAAUGAGCUCCUUGGAUCCGGAGCUUCUGUGAAGUGUUUAAACUCUUCAGGUCUGACACCUUUACAUGUGUGCGUUAAAAAGGAACUAGAGGAAGCUCUGCAGGUUUUAGCAAAUUACAACUACAAAGAUGCUGAUCCAUUUAUGGCUAUGGUGGAUGUAAAAGACAAAGAUGGCCACACAGUCCUUCAAGCAGCUGUGGAGGCGGCCUGGGUGCCCGGCGUGUGUGUCGCCCUGGAAGCUGGGGCUGAUGUAACUUUAAAGGCAAAUGAUGGAGAAACUCCAAUCCACUCAGCAGCAGCUCUUGGCAAUUUAGAUGUUUUAACAGAAAUUCUUAGCUUAGCAAAACAGACUAACUUCAUAGACUGUCAAAAUGAAGAAGGCGAAACGCCUUUGUUUAAAGCUAUCGUUAACGAGAACCUUGACUGUGUUCAAGCUAUACUCCAAGAAGGUGCUUCAAUAAAGCUUACAAUGCCAGGAGAUGUCAAUGUAUUCCACGUGGCAGCAGAAAAUGGCCGUUUAGAUAUAUUAAAAACACUUUUAGAAUACGACGAUGAUGUUACUCGUAGUAUGAUUAAUUCUCUAACAGCAGGCGAUAGAAGAGGUUUCGGUCCAAUACAUUUUGCAGUCGCCAAUAACCACUCGAAAUGCGUACAACUUCUACUAUCAAAGAAUGCUGAUAUAAGACUUCGAACAACGAACAGUCCCCACGGUAGUUCAACUCCUUUGCACAUAGCUGCAGUGUACAAUCACAUAGAAAUAGCUAAUGUUAUACUAAAAUUUGACAAAACAACUAUUCACGAAGUUAAUGGUUUGGGAUGGUUCCCUUUACACACUGCAAGUCACCAUGGCAGUCGCGAUGUUAUAACACUAUUACUUCAAGAAGGCGGUGAUCUAUCAGGUUACACAGAUGGUCCAAAGAAGUAUAGAAGAACAGCUAUAGAUAUGAUAGUCAACAAUCUCUCCAAGCCAACAGAUUUCUUAGAAGAUGUAUUCGAUUCAUACAUUUCAUCGACUUGUCAAAACUUCAAAGAUGCAAAUUGUGAGAUCACAGUUGACUACAGAAUAUUAAUGCCGACUAUUUGCGAAAUGGAACAGAUGAAAGUAAUCGAAGCUCUUCUUAAAACUGGGAAUAGAUACGGACAGAAGAGAUUAUUGGUUCAUCCACUAGUGGAAAGUUUUCUGUUUUUAAAAUGGAAGGCGCUUUUGCCAUUCUUCUACACAAUAAUUGCGGUGUAUUCUCUGUUCGUGACAUCUUUGACUAUAUUUAUUGUGUCUGUAUUCUUUUACAUGGACACAAAGGAAACAGCACCGAUAUGGUUGAACCAAAAUGUCUGGGGAUACAUCGUUUAUUCAACGAUCUUUCUAAUUCUCGUUCAGGAACUCUUAUACAUGAAUAUUAAAAGUAGCAGGUAUUUAUUUCAAAUAGAGACGUGGAUAAAAUUUGGUUCUAUAGGAUUGGCAAUGAUUUUACCUGCAGCUGUCAUGAUGUCAUCAUGGUUGACUGCGGAGUGGUUACGUCACGUCGCGACACUAGCGCUGCUGUUGUCGUGGGUGGAACUAAUGUUUCUACUAUCGAGGUUCCCAAAUGGAGGGUACUAUGUCUUAAUGUUUGGUAAAGUAGCUUCGAAUGUUAUACGGAUAAUACUCACAUUUGCCUUUUUAAUAAUAGGAUUUGCAUUAAGUUUUAUGAUACAGUUCCACUCUCAAAUACCCUUCGAAGGUCCGUGGGCUGCUUUCGUCAAAACAAUGGUCAUGAUGACAUCUGAGUUUGAUUACGUUGCAUUAUUUGAUGCGGAACAUUCUAAAGAUCUUGCCACUUCACUAAUAAUAGUACGAGUUGUCUUUCUUAUAUUUCUAAUCCUAGCAGCAAUUGUACUAAUGAAUCUAUUAGUAGGAGUAGCUGUAAAUGAUAUUAACGAUUUAGAAAUACUAGGAAAUAUUAGAAGACUAGCUAAACAAGUAGAAUUCCUAAGUACAUUAGACAAUCUAGUGUAUAACAAAUUUUUCACUAAAAUUCUACCGAACAGGAUAAAUAAUCAUAUCAAAACUAAACGAAGAGUUAUAGGUACGAUCAUGUUGUGUCCGGGGAAACCAAGAUGGCGACACAACAAAGUAAUGCCAACACGAAUUCGUGAUGCAAUAAUGAAUAAAGCCCAAAUGCAACAAAAGCAAAGAGAAGAUGAAUUAGGAUUGCAAAUGUUUAAUGAAAAAUUAAACGCAAUGUACGAAAUAAUAACAAAACAAGAUCGUGAACGAAAAAAACAAUCUGAAAUAGAUAAAACUGAAAACACAGAUAAAUAUAAAAUGAGACAUGAUAACGUAAUGAAACGUUUACAUUCCGUAGAUAAUGAAAUGAAAGUUGUUAAAGAACAAAUUAAUACAUCUAUAGAAAAUUCAGAGUCGUCCGUGGAUAAACUAAACGUGAAAAUAGAUCAAAUGUCUUUAGAAAUUGAAGAAAUUAAACAAUUUCUGAGUAGACUGGAAAGUAAAUUAGAUAGCCUAUAAGAUUUAUGUACAAUCGAAUUCAAUGGAAAAGGGAAUUUUAACAAACCUUUCUAAAUAAUUUUACCUUUAUAAGUCUUUAAUUACAGACUUAUUAGAAACAGAAAUGUUUGUAUCAAUUUCAACUCUGAAACUUUCCAAAAUAAUCCAUUUUACUCUUAGUAAUAUUAUAAAUGCGAAUGUUUGAAUGUACGGAUAGAUGGAUGGAUGUUUUUUAGAAG